AGAAGCAGAAGGAAAGGAAACAGGAGGAGAAGCGGGAGGAGGAGGAGAAGCGGAGGAGGUGGAGAAGGAGGAGCAGAGGAGGAGGAGGAGGGGGAGAAGGACGUCUCCUCUCUCUUUUGGGGAAGGAGAGGCCCGGCUGAGUGGCAGGCUCGCCCCCUCCCCUCCAGCCUCCCAAAUAAACCAGGUCCUCGGAGCCUCCAGAACAACCUCAUUCCCUUCUUCGGGGAGCCGCGGAUGCGCACAGGCAGCACCGGCGCCUUCCCCCUCCUCCUCCUCCUCCUCCUCUCCUGCCUCUCUCGGUCCAGGCUCCGUGCCGGGGGGAUGCCUGCGGGCAUGUUCAGCAUCGACAACAUCUUGGCGGCGCGUCCCCGGUGCAAGGAGGCGGCGGGGCACCCUCUGGCCGCCCCCCAAGCGUCGCCCACCGCCGUCCCGCCGCCCCCUCCGCCCGCAGUGCUCUUCUCGGCCGGCCUCCACGGAGGGGACUCGCUCUACGCCUCGGCGGCCGGCGGUGGCGGCGGAGGGGCGGGAGGCAACGGGGGCGGCGGGCCCGGAGGAGACUUCGGCGGUGCAGGCGGCUACUACGCGCGGGCCGUGGCGCCGGCGUCCAACCUGGCGGCCCUGGGCGGCUCUCGGCUGGGAGGCUACAGCAGCUACUACUACGGGCAGCUCCACGUCCAGGCCUCGCCCGUCGGGCCCUCCUGCUGCGGGGCCGUCCAGCCCUUGGGCGCCCAGCAGUGCUCCUGCGUCCCCGGCACAGGCUACGAAGGGACGGGCUCGGUCCUGAUGUCUCCGGUCCCGCACCAGAUGCUGCCCUACAUGAACGUGGGCACCUUGUCCCGGACUGAGUUGCAGUUACUGAACCAGCUUCACUGCCGGAGGAAAAGGAGGCACCGGACCAUCUUCACCGACGAGCAGCUGGAAGCGCUGGAGAACCUCUUCCAGGAGACGAAAUACCCCGACGUGGGCACCAGGGAGCAGCUGGCCAGGAGGGUCCACCUCCGGGAGGAGAAGGUGGAGGUGUGGUUCAAGAACCGCCGGGCGAAAUGGAGGCGCCAAAAGCGCUCUUCCUCGGAGGAGUCGGAGAACGCGCAGAAGUGGAACAAAUCCUCCAAAACGUCCCCGGAGAAGAGGCAGGAGGACGUCAAAAGCGACUUGGACUCGGACAGCUGAUAGGGCGGGUUUCUUUGCCUUUGCCUUGGCUUUCGCCCCUCCUUGAGGACGCCUGGCCCGGCUUGGCCUGAGAGAAGGACUUGGGACUUGCAGCCUGGGCAGAAGGCGAGGGGGCGGCGGAGCAAGGAAGGCCCCCACCGCCCUCUCCGUCUGUAUAUAGUGUACAUUGAGCCCCUCGAAAUAAAAGGCGUCGCGGAAGUGUUGCACAGGGA